AUGACAAAGCUGUCUUUAGCAACGAUAUUGUCAUAUUUAGGCACAUUUUGACUGGGGAUUUUAUGCUGCCAAGCGACAGUUAGUCUUGCGGCUAGCUUAUAUGCCCUUUUAUCUUCUUCUAAUGAUUGUGAGGAUCCUGUAAGAGCAUGGCUAAUCGUUCAAGCAAGUGUGAUACCUGGACUGUUAUUGAUUUAUUUAUUCACCAAAAGGAUUGGACUUGCUUUUUGGAUAUUAUUUUGUGUUACUUGGGCUGCAUUAGGCACUUCAUGGGCCAUUGAUGGAGAUUGCAGUGAUGAUUAUCCUGAAGGAUACACUGCAGCUGGAGUUUUAAUAAUUACUGAUUAUACACUUUUAGGCUUUGUAGUUGCUGCUGGAUGUGUGUUCGGAAUAUCGGUUUGUAUUGGCCAAGGGCUGCUUUCAGAGUAUGAGGAGGUUAAGUAA